UCAAUAAAAGAAAAGGAAAAGGAAAGAACUUUAUAUUUAUAUUUAUUUCAUGCUCUAUAUGAUUCAUAUAAUAUGAUCAUUACCUUGAGAAUGAAGAAAAUAGGUAUAGAAAACAAACAAAGGUCAUGGAGUCAAAGACAAGACGACCAACUAUCUCUCUCAUAGCAGGUCCCUCUCCAAACCGUUUUCUACUCAGACCCAUCAACCAACCUCUCUCUCACACAUACACACACACACUCUCUCUCUCUCUCUUCCCUAUAUUGUAAGCAAACCCCACAACCAUCUCCAUCAUCAUCACCAUCAUCAUUCCCCCCAUAUGAAGCCUUCUGUCUCUCUUUUUUCUCUAUAAAGUCAUCACAGAUUUACAUCAAACCAGUUGGGAGAGAAUAAGACAUCAAAAAUAUUAAUUGGCUCAUCAGAGAAGCCAACCUCGCUUUCUCUCUCUCUCUCUCUCUCUCUCUCUCUCUCUCUCUCUCUCAUCACAAUGAGGAAGCCAGAUCCCUCACCAGCAGCAGCAGCAGCAAAGAACAACAACAAUAAUUCCAACAAUACCAGUAAGCUGAGAAAGGGUUUGUGGUCACCAGAAGAGGAUGACAAGCUGAUGAGCUACAUGAUCAACAAUGGCCAAGGCUGCUGGAGCGAUGUAGCCAGAAAUGCUGGCCUGCAGAGGUGUGGCAAGAGUUGCAGGCUGCGUUGGAUCAACUACCUGCGGCCUGACCUGAAACGAGGCGCCUUUUCCCCCCAAGAAGAAGAACUCAUCAUCCAUUUACAUUCUCUCCUUGGAAACAGGUGGUCGCAAAUUGCAGCACGCUUGCCAGGGAGAACUGACAAUGAAAUAAAGAACUUCUGGAAUUCAACAAUAAAGAAAAGGCUAAAGAAUUUGUCAUCCUCUAAUGCCUCGCCAAACACAAGCGAUUCAUCCUCGGAGCCUAAAGAUCAUCAUGCUAUGCUGGCCGGAGGCUUCAUUCCUGGGCAAGAACAUGGCAUGAUGCCUCUUUACAUGGAUUCAUCACCGUCGUUGAUGCAGUCUACGGUCCUCAACCACAUGUUCGAUCCGUUGCCUAUGCUCGAUCACGCCGGCCUAACCUUGCCCGGCGGUGCAGGUGGAUACUACAAUGCCACCCAAUGCACCACACAAAUCAAUGGAGUUGGAGGUGAUUGCUGUUUUGGAGACAAUGGAGUGUUUGAGGUUGGUGGGGGUGUUGAUAUUGGGGUAGAAGGAGAGAUAUUUGUUCCUGCCCUAGAGUGUGUGAGCACUGAAGAUCAGAAUCUUAAAACUGAACCCAUCUAUGAUCAUAGGAACACCACCAAUAACAAUUACUACAAUAAUAUAAAUAGUAUCACCAACACUAAUUACAAUAAUAAUAUUAAAGUUGAGAAUAUUGGGGUGGGAAAUUACUAUGAUGACCAGGAAGAGCUAACAAUGGGGGAGUGGGACUUGGAGGAUCUGAUGAAGGAUGUUUCCUCUGCCUCCUUUCCUUUUCUUGACUAUCAAAGUUGAUGAAUCGUUGCCUUCCAAUAUUUUCCAACGAUAUUUUUUAUUUUCUUUCUCUUUUUUCUUCACAUACUUCUUGAUUUCUUUUUCAUUUUUCAAACAUUUGAGAUCCUCCUUUCGUUCCAGAAGACUUCCUAGUCAUAGAAUCAAGUAAAAAAACAGUGUUUUCUUUCUACUUGUAUUACAACAAGAUGAAGUGGUGGGAAUGGGGCUGAAAUAAAGGUCACCCUUGCGUAUAUAUAAAGUGACCAGCUGGGGCAGUUUUGUAUGGCGCUGAGAAGCUUCAAUGGUGUCAUACUUGUGAAGGAAGAUGUGAAUAGCUACAUAAAGGUAGGGAGAGAGAUACAUGAAGAUUAAUUAAUAAUAAUUAGUUGGUAUAUAACAGAUAUGAAUUGUAGUUAUUAUGAGAUAUGUACAAAAAGAAUGGCUGGUGGAAUUUUGUUUUCAGUGGGAGAUAAGUAGGUUGUACUACACAUUUGAUAUAAUAGACUUCUGUCCUCUCUCUC